UCGCGCUUUGUCUCGGGAGGAACAGUGGACAAACCCACUGAGCGCGAUGAGGAAUGGUUGAAAGCUCAAGAACAGAUUGAAGCCGCGCGUCGGAAGAAGGAGGAUGAAAACAGACAGCAUGGAGGCAAGAGCUUGUACGAGGUUCUUCAGGCUAAUAAAGAUGCGAAGCAGGAAGCCUUUGAAGAGGCAGCUAAGCUGAAGAAUCAAUUCAGAUCGUUAGAUCAAGAUGAAGUCGAAUUCCUGGACACAGUCAUGGAGUCGACCAGAGCAAAGGAGGAAGCCGUGAAGAAAGAAACUGCCGAGCGACUCGAGGCCUUCAGGCGGCAGCAAGAGGAUACCGAGAAAGCGUCCCGUGGAGCUGCGCCUGAAGCGAGCAAUCAAUCUGAAGGCGACACCUGGGCCUUCAAUGCCCGUAAGCGCAAACGAACCAAGGAGAAGGAAGCGAUUGCAGGCCUCAAGCUGCGCAAGAGCUCUUCGUCUGCGACCCAGAUGACUCCCGACGCAGCGGCAGCAACACCAUCAGACGAAAAGAAUCAAUCACCGCCGAGUCCCGCACCUACUCCUGCCAACCACUCGGCCAAAUCAGUGCAACCACCCGCCGCAGCAAUAGACAAGGCUGUUAUUGACAAGGCCGACCAGGCACCAGCGGCCGCUGCUGCUUCAACAGCUCCAGCUCCAGCUCCAGCUCCAGCUCCAGCUCCCGCUGCCGCUCUUGGUCUCGCGGCCUACUCAUCCGACGACGACGAUGAUUGA